CUCCCCUUUGUCCCCUCACUUCCAGACCGCCGGAGCCUCUUUCAACCAUGAAGAUUGACGAAAUCGACUGCUGGAUUGAGGCGGAGGGAGAGGCGCUCGACGAAUACGGAGCCGAACCGUCCGAAGAGAACAAGACCUGUGUGGCAUGGGUUCCUUCGCAAGUUGGCCAGGUGUGGUACUCUCAGCAUAGCCCCCGUCUUCAUCUGUUGAGGGCAUGUAGAAGAUAGCCAUCCGCUGGCGCGACCCAGCGCGGACGCGCGACACAGUCGGCUACGUCGCCGUUGACGGCGUUGGCUGCGACGGUGUCGUAAUGGAUACUUCUCGCACGAGUGACGAAGCGACCUUCGACCGAGUAUACGAGUCCGAAACUGGCUAUAGAGACCUCAAGUUCGGCGAAUUGGCGCUGACGGACGACGACGCGUACCUACAAAAGGACCAGCUCAGCGUCGGGGAGAUCACUGUUACUGUUUGGCAGUGUAAAUUGGCGGGAUACGAGGAUUUUAUCCCUGUUGAGGCAGUUGCUGGGCCUUCAAAGGUGCAUGAAAGGGCGAACAAAGCACUCGCGCAUAGCGUCACUUUCGGCGAAGUCAACAACGACGCCGUCCUAGCCUUUACUGCGAACAUCGUCGACAUAAGCGCGGAGCCCCUCGCCGCAUUCACCUUUCGCUAUCGAAGUUUAGACACGCUUCGCGCAAACGGAAUUGCGCCCACACCCGAAUCACAACCGACUCAGACUGAGUCUCAGUCGCGGUCACCGACCCCGGGACCUUCAGGCUCAGGCUCAGGCUCAGGCUCGCGCGGUGAAAAACGCUCAGCAUCGCGUACGCUGUCGCGCGGGCCUGAAGACGUGAAGCCAGACAUAGUUGACUUGGAAGAGCUGGAAGACGUGGAGGCCCGUGUACGAAAGGCGGAGGAAGCGCUGCGUCGAGCGCGAUUUGAAGUGCAGCAGAGAAAAGGCAAUAAGAGGAUCAAGCUUGAGGACGUACCGGCUUUUGUAUCCGGAGAGACCAUUGACCUAACUGAAGACUGAGCGCCUACUAGUGUACGGGUUGGUAGUCUAAGUUCUUUCCUUUCAUGCGUACUAUAGCUUAGUGUUCGAGGGACUCUGCUUCAGAUAGUGUAUUGUACGUCUAAGCCUCUGUAAAAUAUAUUCCCAGUCUUCUUGCUCGAGAAGAUAUAUUACUGCACAGUUCGC